UGGCGCAUCACCAUCGUCGCGCCGCCUGCCACGCCUCUCUCACUUCCAUCUCGAGCGUCCUCCCUUUCAUCACCGCAGCCACUGCACCAUCACCAUCGUUCCUCUUCACCUACGUGUCAUACUGUACUACCAUCUCACUUCGCCCUCAUCACGCUCGUUAUUAGCCCUUAUCAACCACUUUAGCACUCUGUGCUGCUUUACAUGGAUUCGAUUUUGUAGCCAGCUUCUUUUCUAUCGACCCUCGUCUUAUUGCACUGCGAGAAUCUCCGGGUCCGCCGAGCACUCCCUCCUCCCGCUCCUGCCUCAUCUUGGGCUUUUUCGACCUCGACUCUUCUCACUCAACAACAUCCAGUCUUUCGUUUCGAUUCGAUGUCGACCACCAUCUGUUAAUAUUCCCUUCUUGUUCUACCCCCAGUCACAGCUUGCCAGGCGUCAGGUCCUCCUCGGAAACUGCGGUUGUUUUGUUUGGGAAGGAGAAAAGGAUAAUUUCAACAGCUGCAUUGCGGCGACCACAUACAUCUACCGGACGUGCCUUCUUCCGGCCGUCUCUUUCAAUAACUGGACCAGGUGCUAGUUUCUUAACAUCAUGGCGCCUGCUCCUCCACGUCUGAGGAUCCUUUCAGGUGAGCAUUAAUCGACUUCUCCUGCAGACAACCUACCAUCGCGGUUCCUGUUUACCACCCUUAACUCACCCGAGUCACGCGAGAUGAAUCGAGAACUAAGGCAUUGCUGUGUAGUGGGUGGGAAUGCUGUUUCUGCUUUUCUAUCCUGGCGGUUGCAAGCUACGAAUGCCUGCGACGUAACACUGGUCUGGAAGGCCAAUUAUCAAAGCGUUGCUCAAUAUGGCGUCUCUUUCAAGUCUCAAAUGUUUGGCAACGAACGAUUCAAACCUCGAUACGUGGUUCAAACACCUGAAGACGCAGCAGGCCAGCAGACAGCCUUCGACUAUGUCAUCCUUUGUGUCAAAGCCCUUCCCGAUGUGUACAAUCUCGCAGAUAUAAUCCAGUCCGUCGUCACUCCUCAGCACACCUGCAUUCUCGUCAAUACAACCAAUACUCUUGGGGUGGAAAGACAAUUAGAGGAGCGAUUUCCCACGAAUGUCGUCCUCUCCCUCGUCUCGGGUGCAGACUUGGUACAGCUAGGUUCCAGCGAGUUCGAACAUAGAGGGUCUACAGAGAUCUGGGUUGGCCCAUCCAGCCAAAAUUCAGCCAUUCCGGAGGCGAUCCAGCGGGAUAUGUCGGAAGCACUGGCAAUGACUCUGAAUACGGCGCAGGUUGACUGCAAGGUAUCUUCAAAUAUCAAGCAACAACAGUAUGAAAGAAUGGUUGGGCCUAUCGCAUUUCACCCUGCAAGUGUUCUUUUCGAGACAUCGAACCUUGCGGAGCUUUUGCAAAUGCCAGGAGUUCACGAAUUAAUUUCAGACGUUAUUGAAGAGCUACUUUCAGUAGCAAGUGCGCAAAAUUGUAUCUUUCCUACCGAUUUUAAAGAAACCACGAUUUCCAGCAUGAUCAACUCGAGUCAAGAACCUAGCACGAUGUAUCAGGAUUUCUCGGCCCGGCGCCCGAUGGAGGUCGAGACGUACCUAGGAGCCCCAGUCCAACUUGCACAAGCUGCUGGUGUUAAGGUACCGCGAAUACAGACACUCUAUGCACUGUUGCGCCAUCUCAAUACGGUCAAUAAGGACCGCCCGGUCAACGCCAUGGCUUCUACGGCACCUCUGCAGUCUCCCGUGACUGCAGUACAGCCACCCCCGCGGACCAUCUCGCUGUCAAGUCCUCCGCCCCCCCGACCACCGAACGGCUCGUUCGGCGGUCCUCCACGCAUCGCGCGUGGGCCGCCUCCCAUGGGCCCUCCUGUGAGGCGCGGCCCACCUCCGACGAACGGAUUCAGAGGACCUCCAAAUAGCUUCCCUCACCGGCCUGGCCCGAUGCAAAGACGGCCGUCAUACGACGAGAACAACUUGGACGAAUUCAGCCAUGUCGUCUUGUAUGACGAAAUGGCUAAUAAUGGAGAUGGCCCACCAGAAGGUUAUGCUGAGAAUGGUGGUGGGCCGUCGUUAAGAGAACGUGAGCUCAUGUUGAGGGAGCGCGAGCUGCAGAUGAAGCAGCAUGAAAUGGCUAUGAGAAGAGGUGCUGGUGGAAAUGGCCGCAGAACUUCGCAAAAUCGUCAUCAGGACUUCGACGAUGACGAUGACGACGACGAUUACUUUGAUCCCAUGCUAGCUCGCGGUCCCCCACCGCCUUCAAUUGACCCCGACAACUUCGAUAUGAUGAGCGUAACAUCAAGGCGAACCAAAAGGGCACCUAGUCAAAGUCAACUGCGCAAGGAUGCAUUUGUCAAUGGAGCCGCCAUGCGCCCAGGGUCCUAUGGCCGGCCGAACAUGGGAAGACAUCGGACAAGUGCGUCUAUUUUGUCUGACAUGCCUGUCCUCGGGGCGAAUAUUUUGGAUAACCCUAUGAUGGGGUUCUCCUCCAAUCGUUAUGGCAAUGUCGAUCGCAAAGAAAUGGCUGAUGAGUCCCGGGCGAACUCUCUGACCGCAAGCCGCCUUCAAGAAAUCGGCAUGAUUAGUGGUCCUGGCAUGAAUGGAGGCCCAUAUCCUGGUCCACCUAGUAGGCGGACAAGCCGUUCACCUGGAAACCCAUUUGGACCACCUGGUCGAAUGCCCGGUGGUCGACCUUCACCACCGAAUGAUCCGUACAUGCAACCAGGGGGUUCUCGAAAUGGAAGGCCUUCCCCUCCUGGCGGCAUGCCAGCCCCAAUGCCAAGGUAUCCCCCGGGCCAAAGCAGUAUGGUUCCUCAGCAAGUUGAACAAACCGGCAUCAACAAACCAUUCCCACCACCUAAAGGGCCCGUAAAGAGUUUGACUGGAAGCGCCAGCGCCAGUGCGGGCAGCGGCGACAGCGGAAGCGCAAACAUUGAAUCCGAACCAUCCGCCCACAGCAGUACCAGCAGUUUCGCGCAAAGGCAGAUGCUCGGCGCUCACUAACAUCUGCCAAAUGCAUCUAAUUGAACAAACAAUUGUCGUUCCCACGCUGGCUUUCGUGGACAUUUCUUGACCUCAGGUCUGCGUUGUGCAAGUAUUACGUAUAUGUCUCGUCGUCACAACUGCUUUGCAUACACCUUUAAUGAUCAGCUUUUCGAAUUUCACGACCUGGAAGGUACAGAUGGGACUUUUCAAAAACGCCAAAAGCAUUGAGACGAGUUUGGGGUACAUGGUUGACUGGACACAAACAUUGGAGCAUUCGGUUUGCUUCUCGAGUAAAUACGGCAUCGCAGUAGGGAGCGAUUGGAGGGCCUUUUUCCAUUGCACACGAGAUGGUACCUAUUAUAUGGUUGGCCUCGGGUUUCUUGUCGACUUUGAAUUGAAUAGGGAAGAGGCGGUGCAAAUGGCUCUUCUCUUCACACGUCUUGGUAUUGGCUACCCAUUAAAGAGACCUCUUAUAUCACACACUUGACGGGCAUACAAAAUUUUCAGGCACACACACGAUAGGACUUUAUGAAAUAAUUUUCUGCAAGAUUUUUGCAUGGCGGCCGGAAAGUUCGGAGGAAAGACCUGGGUAACAAGAAGGAUAAGGAGCCUAACUGACUCUUGUCGAUCGGAGUCUCUAAGGAAAUGCAAGCAAGGAUUUGAAAACGCAUCUUGAAACCUGUAUACAAACUGCGUGUGUCCGUUCUCGAAUGUACUUACUUAGGUAGGUUAUGAUAAGCCCAGCGAGUUGUGAACAAAUACCCAAGAUCAAAGGUCU